CGUCAAUGACAAAACGGUAUAGUUUCCAUUAUCCGAUUUCAGCACCCAUUUUGAUCAACAAAUCUGAUCACAUCAAAAUGGGAUUUAUCCUAAAAAGCCGAUUUUUUUUAAUCGUCAACCCGAAUUUUCCAAAUCAAAUCUCAAAUUUCCGCACUGUGAAUUGAUAUUAGUGAUGAAAAUAUGGAUAAAAUUCAAACUAAAAAAAUGCAAAUAUCUAUGUUCGGUAAUGGAUUAAUUUUCAAAAUGCUAUCAAAUUGCAAACAGAGCAAAGAAAUGAAUGGAUGUCAAUUAUUUUUUUCAAACGGAACCGAAUCAUGUUUCCAAAUUCAGUGGCAACUUAUCGUUUACUUGACGUGAACAAAAGAUUGUCAUUUUGUAAUGUUUAUCAUCUUUGAUCAUUACGAUUCAGUGUUGAUCGGUUGAUAUUUUCUACCGGCACCAGAAAAGAUUACAGAAAAAAUUAAUCGUUGGAAUCUAAAAGAAAAUCCACAAUGUCGAAACGUGUUGAACGUGAGUUAAAAUCGAUCGAUUCCAGAAUGUUAUAUCAACCUAAACGAAACAUCACUACAGAGCCAGUUUUGUUGAACGCUGUACGGACCACGGAAUUGAUCGAGCAACCACCCUCAAAUGAUCAACCGCAAGCUUCGACUAAUGCCCCACCACCAGGCGAUUCUGAGUCUCCAGAUUCAUCAAAUUCAAACAUAGAAAUCAGCACAGAAGAUUCAUCAAACAAACCGAAUACAAAAAACACUGCCCAAAAACUUAAUACAUCACCAAAUUGUGUCGAUGGAGAGGAAACCUUUCCGCGUACAGCUCCAAUAUCGAUACCACCUUCAUUGCUUUCGAAUCAACAACAAUCAGGCUCCACAGAAGAUAAUGGUCAAUCGGUGGUCGUAAAUAUCAGUCCACGAGGGAGCACCGUACAGGAAAAGAAACGUUUAUCUCAGAUUUUACAUGAAGUACAAAUGAUGCGUAAAUUACGCCGUCGUAAUGAUUCUUUCACCACAGAAGGUUCGUUUAAUGCUCGAAUGGAACGAACAAAAGAAAAUAUAUCCAGGCGAUUAGACAAGAUGAAACAAUCAAAACGACUUUUGUUCAAGUAUAAAGUGUAUGAAUUCUUUAAACGGCCUUCAACAUUCUGGGCCACCGUCUACCAUGUACUUGCAUUCAUAUUGGUCAUGGCAUGUUUGAUCGUUUCGAUAUUUCCACAAGUCGAUUCACCAUAUCUUGAUGAAAUGGGAGGCAAAUGGAAAGUAUUGGAUUUUCUUGAAAAAAUUGUGGUCAUUUGGUUUUCCAUGGAAUAUUUGUUAAGACUUUGGGCUUGUAAUUGUAGACCUAAAUAUUGCGGCUUGCGUGGAAAAUGGAAUUUUAUCAAGGCACCCGCACAUCUUAUUGAUUUGAUUGUAAUCAUUUUGUCUGUAUGGGUUAUGGUUUGGCCGCAUGAAGGUCACGAAGUAUUUGCAUUCCGUGCUUUUAGAGGAUUUCAUCGUUUCUUUCAGGUUGCACAAAUUAUGAUAACUGAACGUCAAUUGCGGCCAUGGAGAAUAUUUUUGUCGGUUCUUUACGAUCAACGUGAACAAUUGAUGAUCAUUUUCUAUAUGGAAAUCAUCAUUUUUUCCUUGUUAGCCUAUUUAGGCUUUUUAGUUGAACAUCAAAGUAACGAUAUGUUAGAUUCAAUGGCUGAAGCUGUCUGGUGGAGUAUUGUAACAUUGACUACUGUCGGAUAUGGUGACAAAGUUCCAAUAUCAUGGCGUGGCAAGACCAUCUCUGCUCUAUUUAUUCUGUUUGGAUUUUGUAUGUUUGCUUUGCCGGCUGGUAUUAUUGGUGCCGGUUUGGCAUUGAAAUUGGAACAAGUUGAACAGAGCCGACAACGACGACGAAAAGUAGAAGCUGCUGCUUGUGUCAUACAACGUGCAUGGCAUUGCCAUCAUGAUAUUAAUUCGUAUCAGCAAUUGACUUCGUUCUUCACAGACCAAACGGGUGAUCUUUAUAAAUCUCGUAUUUUGGAAAACAUAAGUCAUGCAUUCAUUUCGUUGGUACGAUUUCAGGUUGCAAAAAAUCAUUUCAAACAGCUGGCACGUACGGUUAAUCUACGUAAUGUGAUCGAAUCUUAUAAAUAUGGUCAGAUGGAUAUUUUUGCUCGAAUUAAAAAUUUGAAUAAUAAUUUGGACAAAAUAAUGACCCGAAUGGCGAAAGCAGAAAUGGAACGAAUCGAAGCGAUCAAUCGUUUGACCAAUCAUUUACAACAGCUGCCUGAGGGAUCAACACAAUCGGCACCGGGUGAUACAUUCAUACAAACUAAUGAUGGAUCAUAUUUGAUUAAUACGGUUAGCGGAAGUUUCAAUCAAAAUUUACCAUUCGAUUCGACAAAGUCACAAUACACGGAUUUGAUUUUCUUGCCCAGAAAGAAUCUACAACAACAUCAGGGAUUGGCGGUGGACAGCGGAUCGAUGCAAACCCGAUCAUUGGUUAAUCCUGUUUCAUCAACAGAUCGUGAUUCGACCAUACCAUUUAUUGAUGGGUGGACCGAAUCGGCAACACCAACAUCAAAAACAACUAUGAACGAUGAUGGUCAACAAAAAUCCGAACUUCGACGGCGUCGAUUAUCAUCAUCAUCAUCAUCUACAUCAUCCAAACAAGACAAUCGAAGACAUUCAAAAUAAUCAGAACAAUGACUUCAAUAGAAAAAUAAUCAAUCAAUUUAUAUCAAAAUAAAAUUCGUUGUUUA